GCAUGCGACGUGGAGAUGUGGACUGGGUUCCCUGCCUCACGCCAGCCGUUUGAUUAUCCUCUCAACGGACCCCAGCAUUCCAGUAUGCAAAAUCCCUCUUUGGUCCUCGUGGGUAGGCUGGAAUUUACGAGUGUGCCCUCCACCCGUCACUGGCCACGCCAAUCCCGCGCCCACCACCUGCCCCUCCUGCCCGUGCUGCCCGGCUCUCUCUCCACCAUCCUCUUUCUCUGCUCUCUCCCGUUCCUCUGCCAUGGAGUCGGCCUAGUUCUCUGCCUGUCGAGAACGCUCAUAUAUCCUCCAAACCUCCAGAUCUGUCGCCUGUUAGUGCCUGCUUCCCCAAAACAAGCCUUCCAAAUGGACUCGGAGCUGCUCGCCGGCGACCUCCCGGAGCUGCAAGCCGCCGUCCCCAUCGACGAGCGUCUUCCCCAUGGUAUGAUAGACUUCAUGAUGGGUGGACCAAAGAGAGAUGAAGCUGCUCCCACUGAUGCCGGUGAUGAAGAUGGGGAUGAUGAUGAUGGGGAUGAGGAUGGCGACUUUGCAGAGGGUGAAGAGGAUAUCUCGGAAGGAGAGGAGUAUGACAAUCUGAAGGCAAGUGAUACCAAGAAGAAACAAGUAGGUGAAGGUGAGGAGAAUGGCGAGGAGGAUGAUGAAGAGCCUGAAGAGCAGGAGGGUGGAGGAGGCGACGAUGAUGAUGACGACGACGACGAUGACAACGAGGAUGAUGACGAUGAAGAAGAUGCUGGUGAGGACGAUGAAGAUGGAGUAGAAGAGGAAGAUGAUGACGACCAGGAUGAUGAGGAGGAAGAUGACGACGAAGACUCGCUCCAGCCCCCGAAAAAGAGGAAGAAGUGAACCUCUUCAACGCUGCUUUAGUUUCCAUGCGAUGAGAUGUGCCCUCUGGUUCCGUCAUGUUCUCUGAAUCAAACUUCCCUUAGUUUAAAAAUGCCCCACAUUUGAUCACAGCGUGUGGGGAUUGUAGGAUUUUUAUGAUUUGAAGCAAUUAGUGGGAACUUGUGUGUCAUUGUUGCUUCUGUUGCGUUGACCGAACAGAUGUUUGGCUAACAUAAUUCUACCUGAGUGGCGAAAGCCUCGACACUGAAUAUGCCAAUCUUUUAAUCGUCCUGUGAAA